UUAGCUACGAUGAGCUCAUUAAUGUGGACACUUCAAUCACUUCAGGAAAAAGCAAAAGACGCUAUCUAUGCACUCUCGUCAUGCAUAUGCCGAGAACAGGCAACACUGAAGAUCAACGGGCGGACGUUCAAGCUGCUCAAAGUGCUUGGUGAGGGGGGCUUCUCAUUUGUCUACCUUGCACAAGAUGAAACGAGCGGACGGAUGUUUGCGUUGAAGAAGAUUAGGUGCCCCACAGGCGCUGAGGGAGUGCGGGAAGCUAUGAGAGAAGUUGAGGCAUACCGGCGCUUCAGACAUCCGAACAUUAUUCGUAUUCUUGAUUCUGCAGUAGUCCAAGACCGCGACGGUGAUGGGCAAAUCGUCUACCUCUUCCUUCCCUAUUAUAAGCGAGGAAACCUACAAGACCAGAUUAACAGUAACACCAUCAAUGGCACCCGAUUUUCAGAACUGGAGAUGUGCAGGCUCUUUAGGGGAGCGUGCCUCGGUGUGCGGGCAAUGCACGACUAUCAUCCAACGAAGGAAACACUCCCCCCUGCGGGAGCACCACCCGGACCGAGCACGCAGGUCAUUCCUCAUCCAGCGGAGAACGGGCACCACGAGCACGAUGCUGAUGAAGGGGACGAGCACGAAGGUCAAGGGUUCGCGUACGACACAAGGGACAGCGUUCCGCUCAUGAUUCGGCGGACUGUGGAUGAUGAGGGGGAUGUUGUGUUCGAUGGGGACCAGGAGCUGAGAAAUGAAGCGACGAAUGGGGCACCGGAGAAUGGUGAACCUGUUGAGCAGGGCGCGGUCGUGCCCUACGCGCAUAGGGAUAUCAAGCCUGGGAACAUCAUGGUCGCCGAUGAUGGCACGACACCAAUACUAAUGGACUUUGGAUCUGCCAUACGCGCUCGGAUACCAAUCAAGACUCGGCAGCAAGCGCUUGUGCAACAAGACCUCGCUGCAGAACAAUCAACGAUGCCGUACCGCGCACCCGAGCUGUUCGAUGUCAAGACGAACACGACGUUGACCGAAGCAGUCGACAUCUGGUCGCUAGGAUGCACGCUCUUCGCACUGGCAUACAACCACAGCCCGUUCGAGACGAACGCGACGAUGGAACAGGGAGGCAGUAUGGCUAUGGCUGUCAUGGGUGGUGUUUACAAGCACCCGCCAGGGUACCAAUACAGCCAGGGAUUUAGGAACUUGAUCGAUGCUAUGCUCAAGGUCAGCCCGGAGGAGAGACCGGAUAUAAACCAGGUGAUUGAGAUGACAGACAAAGUGAUCUCCACGCUGUCUGCGUGA